AUGGAGGAACAACUCCUACGGCUGCUGGCAGACACCCAGUCCCCUGCACAGGCCACCCGCAACUCUGCCGAACUCCAACUCCUAACCCUUUACUCAAACGAAUCCUUUCCCCUCUCCCUUGCCUCUAUUGCCUCGCACAGAUCCGUCCCCACUCCGCUGCGACAGUCCGCCCUGCUCGUCUUGCGCACCUUCGUCCUGGCAGCAUGGUCCCAGCACCUCGACGAAUUCAAGGGGCAAAUCCUCGUUAGUGAUGUCAAUAAAGCUCACCUGCGCCGAGUUCUUCUCGACCUGGCCACCUCCGCUGAUGUUGCGGAGCGAAAAGUGAAGUCCUCUGCCAGUUAUGUUGUUAGCAAGAUUGCCAGCGCGGAUUUCCCCGAGGAAUGGCCUGAGUUGCUACCCACUUUGCUGCAGAUUAUCCCCAAUAGCGACGAGGCGCAGUUACACGGCGCGUUGAGGGUGUUGUCGGAUCUGGUCGAGAGCGGAUUUAGCGAGGAGCAGUUUUUCACAGUGGCACGGGAGCUCGUGUCGACUGUCUUUGCUGUCGCGACGAACCCUGCUCGGAAACCCGUGCUGCGCGCCUUGGCCGUCUCGGUAUUUAGAGCUUGUUUUGAUACCCUGGAAAUGGUCAUUGAUCAACACAAGGUUGCUAUUAAGCAAUUUCUGGACGAGGCGUUAAAUGGUUGGUCACCAUUUUUCCUCGCAACUAUGAAGGUGCCGCUGCCGCCACCGCCCCCUAGUGAGGAAGAUGAGGUCGAUGAUGCUCAGGGCUCAGAGGAGUGGAGGGGGGUGAUUGCGUUGAAGUUGCAGGUCGUUAAGACCUUAAUGAAAAUAUGCGCUGUGUUCCCGGCACUCCUUACUUCGCAAAGCACUGUACUUUUUAGUUCUGUUUGGGACGAACUAUCCACCAUCCAAAAUGCGUAUCAGGAACUAUUUAUCAUGGACGAGCGCCAAGGCCGGCUAGAGGAUGCGGAUGGACUCCCAUAUACCCUCGACUUCUUGGUUUUGGAAGAACUAGACCUUAUGCAAGUGCUACUUAGGGCUCCCCCGGUUAAAGCGGAGCUACACAGCCAACUGCAGGCCGCAGGGAGUGCUGCGAGUACUUCUGGCUGGUUGCCAGAGGUUAUGAAACUGGUUGUAUCCUAUGCGCAGAUUACUACGGAGGAGGAAGGGCUGUGGGACAUCGACGUGAAUCUGUUCCUGUCGGAGGAAACGUCGCUCACCGCAAAUUACACUCCUCGGACCUGUGGAGGGGAUUUGGUAAUAAAGCUUGGUGAAUGGCUGAAGGGGACUACAGUAGACGCAUUGUUGGUUUAUUCGAAUGCACUGUUCUCAGACUCAACAUCUUGGAAACUACGCGAAGCUGCCCUUUUCAUUCUCAAUCAGCUUCUUCGCGACUUCAACGACGUAGACCAGCAGAUUUCCCUGGAAGCAGCUAAAGGAUCCAACGAGUUCGUGCGCUUUUGCAUGACACAGGAAGACGUCUUCCUUCGAGCCCGUGGCUAUCUCGUCGCUGGAAUAAUUGCAAAGACAGCGGGCGAAGAAUUCCAUCAGACGGCAUUGUCAUACCUCGAGGCGUCCAUCAAGGCCAUCGCUGAUGACCCUUCUGAAGUCGUCCAAGUAUCCUGCAUCCGCGUCCUGCAGGAUUUCUUUCCCGCUCUCCCAUCCUCCAUGGCCAAACCCCUACAACUCCCCGCUAUCUCAACCGUGUCCGACUUCAUCUCCUCCCGCGACCUGCGAGAAAUGAUAGACAGCGAUGAUCUUAAAUUUACCCUCCUCGACACGCUCCGAGACACUAUCAUGGUCGAUCCCGGCGUCGUCCUCUCCUCCAUUGCCCUCGAUGUCCUCUUCAACAUCGCUAGUAGCGGCGCCAGUAACUUCCAGCUCGCCACAAUUGUGACAGAAACCUUCGAAGACAUUGUCCAAUACAUCUCCCGACAGGGCCCAGAAGCAUACAUCCGCCUCUGCGAAAAAGUGCUCCCAUCCCUCUCUGGCGCCAUUGACGGAAGCACGACCCAAGAAAACGCCCUGACAACACUAGCGGCAGACCUCAUCCGCGCCCUGACGGAACACGGCCUCUCCCCGCUCCCCAAUGGCCUCGUAGCAACAAUAAUGCCAAAACUUAACCGCCUCCUUCUCAAUUCUACAGAGGGCAACCUCCUCCCCGCUGCCACCAUUGCCGUGAAAAACAUGCUCCAACAUGACUCCCAGCAAUUUCAAACCUGGCAAGAUCCACAAACAGGCAAGGGCGCCAUCGAAGUCGUGUUAAUCAUCAUCGACCACCUCCUCAGCCAAUCCGUAGAUGACAACGCAGCUGAAGAAGUGGGCGGGCUGGCCGCUGAACUAGUCGAGAAAGCUGGCGCCGAGAAAUUGGGGCCAUAUUUAACCCAACUUCUUCGCGCGGUUGCUCAACGCCUCGCCACGGCGCAAAAGGCGCAGUUCAUCCAAUCGCUCAUCCUCGUCUUUGCGCGAUUAUCCCUCGUCAGUCCGGGGGAGGUAGUCGAUUUCCUCUCCACGCUGACGAUCGAUGGCGAAUCGGGACUGACAGUUGUGUUCUCCAAGUGGCUUGAGAACAGCAUAAAUUUCGCUGGGUACGAUGAGAUACGGCAGAACGUUGUUGCAUUGGCGAAGAUUUAUCAACUUGAUGACCCGCGCGUGGCGCAGGUGCAGGUUAAGGGGGAUCUGAUCAUCCAGGAUACGGGGAGGAUCAAGACGCGCUCGCAGUCGCGCAGGGAUCCGGACCAGUAUACCAUUGUCCCUGCGCCUUUGAAGAUCAUUAAGGUUCUGGCUGAGGAGCUUGUGUCAGCGGCGGGAACCAGGGAGAUGGGUGCCGCGGGUGCCGCUGCUGUUACGGCUGGUGCUGGCGGGGCGGGAGGGAAUCUUGAUGAGACGGAUAGUGAUGAUGAGAAUGAUGACUGGGAGGAUAUUACACCAUCUGGGCAAGGGGUGCUUGAUUUGGGGCUUGGGAUUACGAAGCAGGAACUUAUGGGGUAUAUUUGUGAGGAUGGUACUAGGGGUGGUGUUGCGGUGAGACAGAGAGAUGAUGAGACGUUGGCUUUUUUGAUGGAGUUUUUCAGGGAGGUUGCUGGAACGCCAAGAUUUCAGGAGAUGUUUGUGCAGUUGAGUCCGAGGGAACAGGAGGCUUUGAGGAGUCUGGGGUAG